GGGGCUUCGACUUUUCCUGACUCACGGGGGAGCAAACUUCUCUCUCUCUCUUUUCCAGCACUUUCUGCUUUCUUCCCUCUGGCAAUCUCUCGUGCUGACUGACAACAUCCACUCCGACGCUGCCGAGGAAACUACUCCACUUCUCUUUAUUCAUCAUCCUUCACUCUCUCCAUACUGAUCCGUGAAUUGUAUAUAUAUUUAUAUACUUUUGGAGCAGCAGCAGCGGCUGAGGGCUUGAGCUUCUGGGCUCUCUCUCUCUGUGUGUGUGGGUGUAUGUGUGGGUGCAUGUGUGUGUGAGUCAGUAUGCCAUGUCGUCCCCUGGCUCGUCGUUUGUGCAGAUAAAGCAUGAGGACCUGCUCUUCUAUGAGAACUGUGGAGGAGGUAGCUUUGGGAGCGUCUACAGAGCCCUGUGGAUUUCCCAGGACAAGGAGGUGGCCGUGAAGAAGCUCCUGAAGAUUGACAAAGAGGCCGAGAUUCUCAGUGUCCUGAGUCAUAAAAACAUCAUUCAGUUUUAUGGAGCUGUACUGGAAUCUCCCAACUAUGGCAUCGUCACAGAAUAUGCCAGCGGGGGGUCUCUGUACGAGUACCUCUCCAGUGAGCAGAGCGAGGAGAUGGACAUGGAGCAGAUCAUGACAUGGGCCAUACAGAUAGCCAAAGGGAUACAUUACCUCCACGCAGAAGCUCCAGUCAAAGUCAUUCACAGAGACCUCAAGUCACGGAACGUGGUGAUGACAGCAGACAAAGACCUGAAGAUUUGUGAUUUCGGGGCCUCUAAGUUCCUCUCCCACACCACCCACAUGACCGUGGUGGGCACGUUCCCCUGGAUGGCUCCUGAGGUCAUUCAGAGCCUGCCUGUGUCCGAGACCUGCGACACCUACUCCUACGGCGUGGUGCUGUGGGAGAUGCUGACUCGGGAGGUUCCUUUCAAAGGCUUCGAAGGGCUGCAGGUUGCAUGGCUGGUGGUGGAAAAACAAGAGAGACUGACCAUCCCCACCAGCUGUCCUGCAAGUUUUGCUGAACUGAUGAGGAAAUGUUGGCAAGCAGAUCCAAAGGAGCGUCCGCAGUUUAAGCAGAUGCUGGUAAUCCUGGAGGCCAUGGCCAACGACAGCAGAUUACCGGACCAGUGUAAUUCCUUUUUACAUAACAAGGACCAGUGGAGGUGUGAAAUUGAGUCGACCUUGGAGCGCCUCCGCAAGCUGGAGAGGGAACUUUACUCCAAAGAGAAAGAGCUGGAGGAGCGGGAGAGGAGGCUCCGACUGUGGGAGGAGCGGCUGAUGGAGAGGUCCAACAUGACGCCCAGUCCAAACUCCUUACUCAUGGAGCGCUCCAACAUCUCACCACAGUUCUUCACCCCCAUGUCCAUCGGCUCCUCUGGUUCUUUCUUCCGCUCGCACUCUCAGGACUCCAACAAUACAGGGGUCAGCAGUGCUGGGGUCAGCAGUGCCGGGGUCAGCAGUACCGGGGUCAGCAGCCUCCUCCGAACCCUCAGCAACGGAGACACAGAGAGGGGGAGCAGUGCUGGGGUGGAGAGGGGGAUGGGCUCACUCGACAGCGGGAGGCUACACGCCAUGCUCAGGGGGUUACAGGGGAGGUUCGGAGAGGAGGUUGACGAGGAAGAUGAAGGGACUCUGGAGGAGAAAGGCUGGGGGCAGAGGGAGAGACAAGAUAGUGGGAGUCUGGAAGGAGGAAGAGUGCAGGUGACGCUCCGCAGCUUCCCCGGUGGCGUGGUGGAGAGGGAGGAGAGGACCUGGGAGGAGGGGGACAGGGAGAGAGGGGGAAUGCAGAGGAGCAGGGUGACGACCAUAGUCCGAGGAUACUCGGGUGGGUUUGGAGAGGCAGAAGGAGAGAGGGAGAGGGAGGAGAUAGAGAAGGAGAAGGAGGGAGUCUGGGAGAUAGAACAACUCAAUGAGAGAGGGAUGGAGGGAGAGAUGAAGAUUGAAGGAGGACGGCUCCCAACCAUGUUCAAGGGUCUCCACGGUGGUCUGGGGGGCUUGGGGGACAUGCUCACCUUAGACAUGGAUGACAUGGGGGACAUGGAGAAACUGGGGGACAUGGACAUGAACAUGAACAUGGGGGACCUGGGGGUGAAGGUGGUGGGUCAAGGAGUCAGGAGUGAGCUGGGGGUCAGGGGUCGCAGGAGUGACAUGGGAGUCGUAGUCCAGGGCGUCAGGAGGGGGGACCUCAGCGAGGCCAUCAGCCAAAAGAUCAGGGGCGAGGUGGGUGUCCUCGGCCACUCGGGGGUGCAGGUGAGCAUGCGGUCUUCGUCCAAUCAGAACUCUGUGAAGAGCUGCAGUGUGCGGCACGGAACCAAGAUUAACAUGGCUACUGCUGCCAUGGACAUGAUGGAGCUCGACUGGUCUGACAGUGACUAGGACAAACACACACACACACACACACACACACACACACACACACACACACAUACAUACAAACACGGAGGCCAAACUAGCAUGAUCUUGACUUGUCAGCACAUACAGUAUCUGAACUACAGUAAGUGCACUAGAAUCUCCAGUUGAAAACAAGCUGGUACACACACAUUUCUAUUGUUAGAUUUUUUUUAUUGAAUGGAUGAAUACUACACCCAUGUGUACUGUGAAGUGUGAAGGAGCAAAAAGACAAUUCAACGUUGUCUUGUAAAGUUGACGGAAUGAUUUCACCUGUGUAAUUGAAUGUGCUAUUAGAACUGAUGCAUAACAUACUGUAAGAGGUACAAGUGUUACUGAAUAACACACUUGAACGCCGCUCUAAUGAGGCAGCACUGUCAGUUGUGUUUUUCCCUUCUGCUUGUAGAGAACCUUGUAGUUUGUCGAUUUGAUUUGUUCAAAACAUGCUUUGACUUUUAUCAGUUCUAACUGUGACCUAGCGCGUGACUUUUGUUGGCAUUUCUCUGUAUAUUUUAUCAUUUUUCAAUAAAAAGAAAAUAAA